CCACACAGCGCUGACUGCAGAGCUGCGAUCGGCAGAGCCGCUCUGUGCAGGCAGCAGAGAGCCCGGGCUGGCAGUACAGCUCUGCGCUGCAGGCAGGCCAGCGUGCUCCUUGCACAUCUGUUAGUGGAUGUGACCCCCUGUCCCCGCUCCAGGAGGUGGCAUUAACUGCCCGCUGCUGCUCUGACAGCUGGACUCCAGACACCAACAUGACUGAGCGCUUUGAUUGCCACUACUGCAAAGAGUCUCUGUUUGGUAAGAAGUACAUCCUGAAGGAGGACAGCCCCUACUGUGUGAAAUGUUAUGAAAAUCUUUAUUCCAACACCUGUGAGGAAUGCAAAAAACCUAUUGGCGCUGACUGCAAGGAUCUGUCUUACAAGGACCGCCACUGGCAUGAAACCUGCUUCCAGUGCUUCCAGUGCAAGAAUUCAUUGGUGGACAAACCUUUUGCUGCAAAAGAGGAACAUCUACUUUGCACUGACUGCUACUCCAAUGAAUACUCUUCCAAAUGUAAUGAGUGCAAGAAGACUAUUAUGCCAGGUACUCGGAAGAUGGAAUACAAGGGCAACAGCUGGCACGAGACCUGCUUUAUCUGCUACCGCUGCCAGCAGCCUAUUGGGACAAAGAGCUUCAUCCCUAAGGACAAUCAAAACUUUUGUGUACCCUGCUAUGAAAAGCAGUUUGCCAUGCAAUGCGUCCACUGCAAGAAGGCUAUCACCACAGGAGGUGUGACCUACCGGGAGCAGCCAUGGCAUAAGGAGUGCUUUGUGUGUACUGCAUGCAAGAAGCAGUUGUCUGGACAGCGCUUUACCUCCAGGGAUGAGUUUGCAUACUGCUUGAGCUGCUUCUGCAACCUCUACUCCAAAAAGUGUGCUGGAUGCACAAACCCAAUCAGUGGACUUGGAGGAACCAAGUACAUCUCUUUUGAAGAACGGCAGUGGCAUAAUGAUUGCUUUAACUGUAAGAAGUGCUCCCUUUCACUGGUGGGUCGUGGCUUCCUCACAGAAAGGGAUGACAUCCUUUGCCCUGAAUGUGGAAAGGAUAUUUAAAGCUCAAACUAAGAGGUGAGGAAGAAGGGAGGAAAGCUGUGCUCACAAUAUAUAGUCUGAAACACAUGGAUGUUCAGUUAGUUUUGCCACUCUGUGUCUCACUGUAUAUUAACAUUUCUUAACAUUUUUCUUUAUACUCUCCAAAUCUGGAGGGAAAACAACUUGAAAACCUCUAAUAGCAGUGUCGGUGUUUAAGAUUUCUACCAAUAGCAAAAACUAAUGCAAAAUUCAUGAUGUAAAACUACUUGGCUGUUUUUGACAUAACAUACUAUUUUUAAGGUUUUUGGUUUUAUUUUUCCUAACAAAUAUUCCCGUUACAAGCAAGUGAUACAGUUCAAGGAUUACAAUGGCCACACACAAUACAUUCAUAGGUGGAUAUUUAGGGUGAAGCCUUCAGCCCACUGAAAUCAAUGGAAAAGGCCAUUCAAAAGGCCUUUCAUAAGGCUGGUGUAACCCCAGUGUUCUUGAGCUAUGUGACUAGUGUGUGCUGUCAAGUCUGUAGAAAGACUGCAAAAGUAGAGUGUGUUUCAAUGUACAUGGAUUUGUGACACGCCACAAAGAGAUAAUGAUGAAACAGUGGGAGUGCUUCAUGACAGAUACACAUUUUAUUGCAUGUCUAGCUGAUCAUUGUGUGAAGUACAAGUUCUGAUUGACAGUGUCAGUAUCACAGUUAGUUGACAUUACACUGCACAUUGUAUUUUUCAAAAUAAAAUUAUUUAAAACAAAA